UCUUGUUUACAGUUGCUGGGGAAACGUCUAACACCCGCCCCGGGGAGGUUCACAUUCAGCUACCACUGCGCCUAAAGAUCAGUGGCAUUGACAUUUUGUAGUAACUGAGGAAAAACAAUAACUUGUCAUACGAAAAGAUGGCAGACCCAGCAACAGACAAAGUGCUUAUAACAGAGACUGCUGAACUGUCUUCAUGUUCUGUGCCAUCCUACUUGGACCCCUAUGAGCGCUCUGUAAAAUACAUGGAAAGUCAUCAAAUUCUUCAGAUCUUUCAGGAGAUUGCUGAGAACCUGGUUUUUGACAGGCCAGACGAUCCUCUUCAGUUCAUGUUAGAACAGGUACAAUUGAAGAUUCGAAACAGAGAAGAAUCCAACAGCAAAGCAGAGAAAAUAGAGUAGGCUAGCAGCCUGUUCUACCAUGCACUGCAGAAGACAACUGCAUCAUUCAGUCAUGAGUAAAACGUAAUUCAUUGCUCACAGUGUCGUCUGUAUAUCUCCGGGGGGACUCCAAAUCACCAGCUAGCAUAGGCCAUUCACAGGAAUACACAUAGGCUAUGUUACACUAUAAACUGCCUCAGCAAUUUAUAGACCAAGUCUUGAUUGUGAAGUAGGCUAGCUAUUUUAUAGUCCAAAUUACAAUUUAGCAAGACCAGACAUACAAACAACCUUGUGAUACAAUUUUGAUAUCUCAAUUGCAGAAUAACUUCAAUGCAACAGAAGUAUACAAAACAAAUAUUUCUUUUUUAUUUUGUAUCCCAGGCAGACUGUUCAAUGCUCAGCCAGUCACCAAAUAGGCUAUUCAGAUGAGCCACUAUAAUGAAGCAAUCUGGGUUUAGACGUUUUCAAGACAUUAAGUCAAAGUUUCAUAAAUUGUAGGUUAAAGCUCAUUAAAAAGCAUUAACGACAUGAAUCAAAUCAAAAUGAUUGAUUCUCUAAAUUUUUUUGAAGGAUUUUUUUUCUCUGGCUAUCUCUAUAAUGUAAUGCUAUCAUCUGGGCACCUGGCCUUUUCCCGCCCUCCCUUCUAGCCUAUUUAAUCUCAGAAAAUAACCUAUAUGCUUAAUAUAAUUUUUCCCACUUUCUUCCUCCACUUUUUCAUUUUAGAAAAACAUACUGUACUCUGCCUGUGAAGGAAUGGCCACUACAGGCCCUUGUGCUAUCUGUCUGCCACAGCUACACAUCGACCUUGAAACUCCUGAUGCGUUUCAUUUCAUUUGAGUAAGCCCCCGUGGCACCACAGCGUUGUAAAUAAUGAGACUCUGGGGAAACAAUAAUUCUUCAGAAUUUGAAUUCAAAGUAAUUCUUCAGAAUUUGAAUUCUAUCCUCUUUAAGCCCAUCACUGAUAAUAGAUAGGACCAUGGUAACUAGGUCUGUUAGCCACCAUAGCAAGAGGACUGAAGAAAGUGGCAUGUUAUGUCACCAUGGAGACAGACCGGUACCAUGUGUAGUUUACAUAGUGAUAGAUCAAGCGACGCACACUAUCUGAUCUAUGCUUUUCAUGUUUCAAGAUGAUUCUCCAAUCAUUGUAAAGACUGCAAGCCAUUGGCAGAUCGAGAAAACAGAAAAACAUAAUGCUAUGGUUAUAACGAGUGAUCAUCCAGUUAUGACAUACUGUAUGCAGUGGAUAAACUUUAAACCAAGAACAUGGUCAUAGUUUCCCAUUUGGAAUAGGCCUAGGCAUACUCAGUUGCCACUUGGCAGAACUGUUAUAAGUGAGCAGCCUACAUGAAAUCUAGCAACAAUGACAACACUUUUUGGACCAGUUUCCCAAUUUGGUGGUCCAUUAAGUUUUGGUUUUGCGGAAAUACAGUCAUUAAAGUUGAGAAUCAACUGUCUGUUCCAAGGUGUUAUCUUGGGUCACUUUUGUUUGUAAUGACUCAGGAUUGUCUUGCUUUUACAAUAAACAUUCAAAACUAACCAAACAGGUUUCACAAUCUCAUGUUACUUCAAUGAAAGACCAGUCGCGGGGAGCGUUCAUUCUUUAUUUGGUUGUGGAUGUCUCUCACAGGUCACUCUGUUUACCAAGAGAAGAAACAUGACACCUGAUUUGGACACCAAGGACCGCUGCUUUAGAGCCUUGAUUAUCUGGGGCAAUUUGGUUAUUGCAUGCUGCGGGAUUGCCUUGAUGGCCAUGUGUAUCUUCUUCAUAUCGGAUCGGGGCGGAUUGUAUGUUUUAGUGUAUGCCACAGGAAAUGACAGCAUCUGGAGGGGAGCCUGGAUAGGCCUUUUCACUGGGUUUGCCCUUUUCUGCACGUCGAUCUUGGGAAUGCACGCCAUAGUUGUGUCCAAAAGAAACAUCCUACUAGCUUACAUCCUCCUGAUGGUGAUCAUAUAUGCAUUUGAGGUGGCAUCAGCUAUUACUGCUGCAACACAUAAAGACUGGUUUGUCCCCGACCUCUUCCUGAAGCAAAUGCUACAGAACUACAACAAACCACUACCAGAUAAUCUGCCCAGCACCCAGGACCAGAUCUAUGUAAUCAACAGGGUAACAGAAACAUGGAACCGGUUCAUGACUGAGUCUAAGUGCUGUGGAGUGUACGGGCCAGAGGAUUGGGUGAAGUAUGAGUCCCACUUCAGGCAGCAGAACACAGAUGCUGAUUAUCCUUGGCCCAGACAAUGCUGUCAGCAGGACGCUAUGGGAGCCAUCAGCCAUUUAGAUGCCUGCAAAAUCGGGGUUAGCCCUUUCCUGCAUGCACAGGGUUGUUAUGAUUACAUUGCGGGUCCUUUGAUCAGACACGGCUUUGGAGUCUCAUGGUUUGGAUUCGCCAUAUUGUGUUGGACAUUCUUUGUGAUACUGGGAGUCAUUUUCCACUACACUCAGUUGGAUUUCUGAGGAUGACCAACAAAGAAAUCCUCAAAUAAACUUCAGUUCAGACCUACCAGUAAAGAAGUAAUGCAAAUAUAACACUUUUUUGUUCUGAUCAACAAAUGACCUUACAAUUCAUUACAUUUUAAUGUCUCUAAUCAAAAUUAAGAGAACCAAUAAAUGUACUAAAUAGAAUUUUAUUUUUCAAAUUACCUUUCUCAAAAAAGUUUGGAAAUUGUCCCAUACAAUAAUCUGUACUCUUCAUUUUUUGUUGCUAUACAUAAUACAUUCAAUUUUGCUCAAUACAAAAUUGUACAGGUUACAAGCGUAGUAUUAUGUCAACACAGCUGCAAACAACCAGAAUCCCUGUUCUGAUAUCUUUUUAAAUCUUCACAACAUUUAAUGCAUAGUGUUUGAGUCCUCUUUUUCACAAUCUACACCAUUAUAAGUGCCAGCACAUCCAUUUCCCUCAAUUCCUUUUGAUUAUAACUCAAAACAUUUCUCAGCAAAGCUUCGUUUUUAAGAUAAAAUUAUCACAUCAGACACUUUAGGUAUUUCUGUCAUCUGGCCUCCUCAUUCUAAAAGCACAUCGGACUUUACCAAAACAUUACUUUACAAACCAAUAAAGAGAACACACUCUGUCCAUCUUAAAAGUAACAACAAAAAAACAACUAAGAAUUGGUCAAGUGUGUUAAUGACUAUCUAUAGAUUAAUAGUUGGAUAAAUAAAUACUAUUAGUGUCCAUAAUACAAUUAAAACUAAAAGAGCAGUUUUCUGCAGUUCUCAUUACGUAGAAUGUUGAAAAAACACUACCCUGAUACUGUUAUGAUAAAAGUUGAUCACAGUGACAAUAGCUGGACGUCAGCGGGUUCAUACUAUAUGAAGUCAUUAUUCAGUUCGCAAACAUAUUUAAGACAUAAGGUAUAACUAAUAACAAAGUAGCUAGCUAGUACUGAAGGUACAACUGUCUUUGCCAAAAGGCAAUCUUGUGAUUGCUAAUGACGAGAUGUAAACAAAUAAACUACCGGUACAUGGCUUCUCUGAAAUACCAAUGGCAAUAUGGGUUGAUGUAACAUUUUCCUCUCUUUGGCUGUCUAUCCUUCAUAUGCACAUUACAAAAUAUGUCUAACAUUUGAAUAAAAACAAUAUAAUUUGAA